UUUAUUAAACAUUUACUAUGGGCCAGGUACAGUGCUAAGCACUGGGGUUAGGAAGAAAGGCAAAAGAAAGUCCUACUUCUUAAGGAGCUCAAAGUCUGAUGGUGGGGACAGCAUGCAAACAAUGAUGUACACACAAGUUAUAUACAGGAUAAACUAGAAAUUAUCCUCAGGGAUUUGACAAAAAGUCAUCAAUUUUAAAUAGGUCUAACUUGAAUCUCUAUUACUAUUUACUUCUAUCUAGCCAUAGAGAAGUGUCCAAGAUGUAAGAAGACACUGACAUUAGACAAUGAUAUAACUAUCAAGGCUCACUGUUUAUUUGCACUUUAUAAGGUCAUAAUUUUGAGUUGAUAGGGAUCAUAGAGUUCGCAAAUACAAAUCUCUCAUACAAAUAAGGCCUUUCAUUGAAAGACUUGGCAAAAGUGCUUUGUAAAGUUCUUUGGAUACAUUAGCUCACUUGAGUUGUUUUACAAUAAUCAGGUAAUAAAUUAAUCAAUAAACAUUUUUUAAAUUAUAAGGGAAAUAAGCCUUUUAAUGCUUCAGUGUAAUGAUUCUGCUGCACAUUGACUGAAUUGUAGUCAGGCCAACAGCAGAUAGGAGACACACAGAGCUAACAGAGGAGGGGAGAUAAUUAGCAAGCAAUGUUAGUGCCAGCCUAUGGGAAAGAUAUGUACAAUCCUGAAAUGUCAGCAACACCAGAAUAAACAAAAUUAACAGCUUAAAAAAAAAGCUUAUAAAGUGAUAUGUGAGCAGGACUCCAUUCUGGUUUUGAAGUUGUUAGAUAAAAUAAAGUACCAAUAUAUAUGAUAAACACUUAACCCAGAUAUUAAUUUUCUUGAAAAAAAAAUACAAACCUCAAGUAUGCUUUCGUAUUAUUAUAAUAAUAACAACAAUAAUAAAAACACCAACCCAUGGAAUGGAAGAAAGCCCCCCAAAACAAAAGCCUACAAUGUGCCAAUUUCACAGAGAACCACAAACAUUGGUGCUCACUCUUCACAUUUCUGUUUCUGACAGAUGGUAUCAUAAUGAGAAAAGUGCCAGGCACUUAUAGGAGCUAGGGAUACAAGAACAAAAGUGAACAUCUUGCCCUGAAAACAUUACAAUCUAUGGAGGAGAGACAACAUGUGCAUACUUAAAUGGAUAUAUACAAAAUAUAUGAAAAGAUCAUUGGGGAAUGUGGGUACUGGUAGCUGGCAGGAUCAGGAAAAGAGUAAUGUAGAAGGUUGUGCUUGAACUUAGAUUUGAAGGAAACUAAGGAUUCUAAGAGGCAGAGGUGAUAAAGUGGGAGGCCCCUAUAAGAUCUGACAAGCCUGAAAAGUCAGAGACACUGUGAAAUACCCUGUGAGAAAAAAAUAGUACUUAAGCCUCAGAAAUGUCACUCUGGAUCACAAAGCUAGUAAGUAGUAGAGCCCCAUGAUGUUUGACUCCACAUCCCUAGUUCUUUCCAUCAUAUCAUGUUGCUGACAUAUGCAUAAACUAGAUUCCAACUUUUUAAUGGAAUCGGAAAAAGUGUAAUGAGGAAAAGUAAUACUCCUUUAUCCCCCACCACAGUCCUGGCACCCUAGAGGCCAGUUACCAAGCACUGGUACACCGAUCUUACUGGCAUUUGCCAAAAGUACCAUAAGACCAGGUAAAAUGGCUUUAUGUAGAUGGGAUCUUGGGAAGAAGUGACUAAAUGAAAUGAUGGAGCUGAAUUGGGGAAGCUGUGGGAAUCCAGAGGUUCAUAAUGUUCGCUAUAACUCGAAGUUUGAGGCACUCUGCAGUCCGAAGGUGGUGAGACUGAAAGGUCUUCAGAGAGGGAGUAAAGUGAAUGUCUGAUUCCGGAUGCUGUAGGCUUGGCAAUCAAGAACGGAGAAAUAGCAAAGUUUUCCCGCAGUGGCCCAGGCAGAGACGGUAAUAUGAGCUCUAUAGCCAAAGCUUUGCAGGGCCGCUGUCACAGACAAAAGGUUCCUGCCAUUGGGCAGAAUUUUCCCGCAGGCUUAGGAUCCUAAGUACUAUUCUCCAUCUUCCCGAGGCCACGGUCAUUGCCUUUCCCACCCCCUUUCCCAAAGCACAACAGCUUCACUUCCCCUGACGGGGGUGGCGGGGGUGGUGCCUUCUCCGUGCGUGCAGCAGGCUGGCAGGCAGGCAGCCAGGCAGGCAGGCAGGCAGGCAGCCAGGCCGGGUGCUUGCCCCUCCCCGGGGUCAGCGGCAGCCCCGUUCCCCUCUCCUCUGCUUCCAGGUAUCAUCCUUCUGCCGUGCACUGGGAGCUGCCGAGGAGGGCCCCCUGGAGAUGGCCCAGCCAUGCCUCGGCUGAGCCUCGGACUCCGCCGCCUCCAUCAGUGGCCUCACUGAAGAGGGGAGCACGAGGCGCCGCCCCUUAACAGAGAGAGGUUUCCGAGCAGGCGGCCCCGGCCUUGGCCCGAGCCAUGGCGGACUUCUCUCCCGCGCUGUCUCUGCGGGAAGGUGGCCCUCGCGCGGCCAGGCAGUCGGUCCUGGCGCCCUCGCCGCCUCCGCCCCGCUCCCGAUCGGGCUCUGAGUCGGAGGAGGCCGAGCUAUCCCUGAGCCUGGCCCGCACCAAGACCCGCUCGUACGGCAGCACUGCCAGCGUGCGGGCGCCCCUGGCAGCCGCUGUGUGCGAGCGCCAAGUGCAGCAUCGGGUGUGCGCCGGGGAUACGCUGCAGGGCAUCGCACUCAAGUACGGAGUCACGAUGGAACAAAUAAAAAGGGCCAAUAAACUAUUUACCAAUGAUUGUAUUUUUCUGAAGAAAAUUCUGAAUAUCCCCAUUAUAUCAGAAAAACCUUUAUUCAAUGGACUUAAUUCACUUGAGUCACCUGAAAAUGAAACUGUGGAGAGUAGUCAUCUUUCUCAGGAAGAGGAGAUGGUAGAAGCUGAAGAAGAGGACAUCUCUCCUGUUUCUCAGGACUCUGCCAUCCAGCCCAUUCAGCCUGAAGAAGUGUCUGCCAAAGAUUUUCUACAGAGACUAGAUUUGCAGAUCAAGUUGUCAACACAAGCAGCCAGAAAACUAAAAGAUAACAGGGAUGAUGAUAGUCCUUAUACAGCAUCCCUCUACCACAGUUAAAUGAUUAUUACACUUAACUUGGAAGAAGAAGCAUUUGGAUUUGAAAGAAGACAGCUGAAGACUCAGAAGGGUAUCUUUUGAAUUCCCAUUGCAGAUUUCUUAAAGUCAUGUAGGGGUCAUUUCACUGACUCUAUUUGCACUGAAAUUCUUUGUCUUUUUCUGCCUUCUGUAACUUGAUAUCCUCAUUAUGGCAUGAUAAGUAAAAUCAUAUCCCUGAGCUCACUCUUUUGUAGGAUGAUUUAAUCUUUAGGCUACCUUUUGUAAAUACUUAAAAUAAAACAUUGAAAAAGCAUUUCCCUAUAGAAAUACUCAAGGUAAAAACAUUACUUAUCUUUGGAAGGCCUAAUGGAAAAUAAUUGCUCUUUUAGUGAGACUGAAUUUGUUGUGUGUUUAUAAUAUAAUAUCCGAUGUGAAAUAUAUAUACAUAUAGAGAGAGAUACAUCUAUUUAGGUAUGUAUUACAUGUACUGUAUUAUUAUGAAGAACCAAAUUUAUUCCUCUAUUUUGAAAAAUAAACUGAAAAAGUCUGAAUGAGAAAAUAAACUAUGUUUAUAUACUUAAA